AACCGUGACCGUGACUCCUUUAAUUGUAACGCAAUGUAAACGUCCUUCAUAGUUGCAGUUUGAAGGCUGCCAGCAAAUGCGCCCCGAAAAAUGUCAAUAUCACGUUUGAUCCAGACUACAACCCGCUUGAAUCUAUUGCAAAGAAAACUUUCCCGUCAGAAUCUGUGGAACUCGUUGCAGAAUGCAGCGAGAACUUCAUGCUCAUGUUUACAUGGUCUUCCAAUCCGCCAUUUUCAUAGCUCACGACAGAGGCAAAGAGAACUCCGUGAGUACGAUGAGGUGUUCAAAAAGUCCAUAGAAGAACCAGAAGAAUUUUGGGCAGAGUUGGCAGAAGAAAUAAAUUGGUAUAAGCCAUUUACGAAAGUUCUGGACAAUAGCAACCAGCCUUUUACAAAAUGGUUUGUUGGUGGUGAGAUGAACACUUGUUAUAACUGCCUUGAUCGACAUAUUGAAAAUGGAAGAGGGAAACGAAUAGCUUUGAUUUAUGACAGUCCAUUGAAUGGCAAAGUAGAAAUGUAUACAUACGAAAACUUACAACGUUUGGUUGCAAAGUUUGCUGGCGCUCUGGCACAGUUAAAUGUCGGCAAAGGAGAUCGAGUUGUUAUUUAUAUGCCAAUGAUUCCACAGGCUGUGAUAGCCAUGUUGGCUUGUGCUCGACUUGGUGCUAUUCACUCUGUUGUAUUUGGAGGUUUUGCUGCACAGGAGUUGGCAAGGAGAAUUGAACAUGCUGAACCACGGGUUGUGGUGACAGCGUCUUGUGGUCUUGAGCCAUCUCGUUUGGUCUAUUAUAAACCACUGUUGGAUGAGGCUAUCAGGUUGUCAAAAUUCAAGCCUUCAACAUGUGUUGUGUACCAAAGAGACCAGUGUUCAGGGGGGAUUAUUCCAGGGCAGGAUAUCAGUUGGGAUCAACUGAUGGAGAAAGCACAGCCCCAUGACUGUGUACCUGUGCUGUCAACUGAUCCUUUGUAUAUUCUCUAUACAUCUGGUACCACAGGUGACCCAAAGGGUAUUGUUCGACCAAAUGGAGGACAUGCUGUAGCUCUUAAUUGGAGCAUGAGAAAUUUGUAUGGGAUUAAUCCUGGAGAGGUGUGGUGGGCUGCAUCUGAUCUUGGCUGGGUGGUAGGUCAUUCCUACAUAGUUUAUGCCCCUUUGUUGUCCGGAUGUACUACUGUUUUAUUUGAGGGUAAGCCAGUUGGUACUCCAGAUGCUGGGGCUUUCUUCAGAGUUAUCGAACAACAUAAAGUUGUUAGCAUGUUUACGGCGCCAACUGCUAUAAGAAUCAUUAGAGCUGAGGACCCAAACUGUGAAUUAAUUAAAGAAUACGAUCUGUCACAUUUUCGCGGAUUAUUUGUGGCUGGUGAACACUUGGACAAAGAUACCAUGCAGUGGGCCAGGAGAGCCAUUAGUGCACCUGUUUAUGACAACUGGUGGCAGACUGAAACUGGGUGGGCCAUCACGGCACACGCUGUAGGCCUGGGACGACCGAUGGAUGAGCAUUUACAGACAACUGGAAAACCAGUUCCAGGAUACAAUGUGAAAAUACUCAAGGAUGGCUUAACCGAAGCUGACCGUGGAGAUCUGGGUCAAGUCGUUGUCAAGCUUCCGCUUCCUCCAGGAACAAUGGCGACCCUUUGGAAGGCUGACGACAGAUUCGUCAAAACAUAUUUCACUAAAUACCCGGGAUAUUACGACUCAAGUGACGACGGUGUUAUGGAUGAUGGUGGAUUUGUGUCAAUCAUGGCACGCACCGAUGACGUCAUCAAUGUAGCAGGUCACAGGAUCUCCACUAAAUCUUUAGAGGAGGGAAUGAUUCGUCUCGAUUUUGUGAUCGAUGCCGCAUGCGUGGGACUUGAGGACCCGAUCAAGGGUCAUUUGCCAGUUGGAUUUAUAGUCAUCGAUAAAACGAGUGGUGUUUCCCGAGAGGAUGCAGUCCAACAAGUUAUUCAGAGUGUUCGUGAGUUUGUUGGUCCUGUGGCGGCAUUUAAAACUGCCAUCGUAGUACCAACACUUCCCAAGACUCGCUCAGGAAAAACUGUGAGAGGUGUUCUGUCCAAGAUCCUUCACGGAAAACCAUAUAAAAUUACGCCAACAAUGGAAAACCCACACGUGUUGGAGGAUAUUGAAACAAUUGUACGGGAAGAAGGAAUCAUUGAAAGGACACAAAAGUAACGAAACGCCGUGUUAUUACUGAAUGCGGGAAACACUUAAGAAACACUUAGGAAAUGAUUUUAGAUCGGAAGAUUGUUGAUUGAAAAUAUUUAAAUGAAACCAGAUAGAAGUAUAUACGUUCAUAAACCUGAAGCGCGACUCUUGCAAAGAUAUCGAGGGGAGCCACUGUAGCCAUAGUUGCGGAUGAGGACUGCAGCGACUUAAAUAGCCUUAUCAGCCAAAGUGUGCGGAAAUCCAUGUUUCGGCCAACUUAGUUUUUUUUUCCGCUCUCCAUCGCCGUCCAAUUAUUCCCAUGGGAACUAAUUACAUAAAGGGCAGCGCUGUUGGAUGGAAGUCCUUAUUGGUUAUUUUAAACGUCUCUUAGUUGCAGCAUGGCCUCAGGGGCUGAUAUGUGGCUCUCCUCAUAUGUUGUCACUAGUCUCUGUAAGCGAAGUUGGUAACCAUCACAAAUGGCAACCUUUCUGUGAGUAUCAACACAGAUGCAGCUGUAUAGGGAAGUAAUAAAGUAUCGUGGGCCAAAAUGGUAGAAAUACCUUGCACUGAUAA